AUGAUGCCCCGUCUGACUCGCAUCGACAUUUCCGAGCCGGUUUGCAACCAAACCGGCUACGAUACGUUGACGGAAAAUUUAAAGUAUUUCGCAAUCGCCGCCUACAGUAUUCCGGGAUUUCUGAUGAAUUUCCGCAUGAUUUGGGUCAUUUUGGUCGUCGAACGCGGCGUCUAUAUGGCUCAACCGUUUUUUGUCCUUUUCGCACUCGACGUCGGCGUGGUGAGUGGAAACUUGCGAGAAAAUGCGGAAAUUUGCAAGAAAUUUGCGAGAAAUUGCGGAAAUUUGCGAGAAAAUGCGGAAGUUUGCGAGAACUUUCAAGAAAUUGCGGAAGUUCGCGAGAACUUUCAAGAAAAUGCGGAAAUUUGCGAGAAUCCCACUUCCAGAGCCUAUUGCGAACAUUUCUGGAGCUCCUCCUCAACCGACCGGCCCUCUACGUGCCCCAACUCUGCGAAACCCUCUCCCAAUUCUACCGCACGUCUCCCUGGCUAAUCGAUAUUGUCUAUCCACUGUCUCACUACCUGAAACAGGCGAAAAUGAUCCUACAAAUCGUUCUAAGCCUGAAUCGAUUGACGUGCGUCCUCGCACCCGUCCAACACACUGUCUUCUGGCAAAAUCGAUUGAAAUGGGUCGUCGGUGUGGUCGUGUGCUAUCCGUUUCCGAUUAUUUGGAACUUGAUAAUAUCGGACAAGGCCAUGUCGAGCACUUUUGGCGGAUUCGCGUUCGUUUACAAUCGAGCCGUGACGUGGGUGCGUUUUUGUGAGGACUUUUGCGCGAGACACCGUAUCUUGAUUAUUUUUUGAGAUUUUUUGACGGUUAAAAAAUGAAUCGAAAGAACAUUUCAUGCUCUUCAACUUUGUAGUUGACAACGUUUUACCAUUUUGCCUGUACGCCGAGAAAUGCUAAGAUUACUGUAGGUCUUCAGAUUUAUAGACGCUUACAAAGAGUGAGGACAAGAAAAACGUCUAUAUCUCAACGCCCACACAUUUUCGCAAGAAAAUUUCAACUACAAAGUUGAAGAGCAUAAAAUUGUCUAUCGAUUAGUCUUUUAAACAUUGCAAAUUGUCAAAAAUCGACCGAGAUACGGUCCCUCAAAGUUGGGCAUUGUUGUAUGCGCCCAAAUAUCGAUUUUUCAGGCCAGUCUAUCGCUAUUCUCUUCGAUAUCCCUAAUAUCCGCUUUGAUAAUCAUUACCACGUCAACCCUGAUUACACUUUUCAAAAUGUCGACCCUCAAAAAUCGAUUGAUCCAAACCGAACGUCUUCUGUGUUUCGCCACAACUCUAACCAACUUCGCCUUCUCCCUCAUGGCCAUUUCUCAAGUUUAUUUCCUAUUUUUCAAUGCCGACUCGCAAAGUGAAUGGUCCAGCUUCUUCUAUUUCCUCAAUGACGUCUCCUAUGAUGUACUCGAUGUCGGGUAGGUUCUUUUUUCUAAAUUUUUGAGUACAACCUAACAUUUUGCAGUUCCGUACUCAUCAUUUUGUUUGUGAGCGCACAGCUACGCGGUCAUUUCUUCCGCACAAAUGCCGCUUUGAUUCGCUCGACGACCGUCCAAUCGCUCAGCACUUCCCAAUGA